AUGCCAGCAAAGAAACUCGUCUCAGAUAAAAUCUCUGAUAGCUCAUCUACAAGUUCAAGCUUCGAGAAAGUGGAUGGUACUGAUUCUCAGAGUGAGAAUGACAGUGUUACCGAGGAGAAUGUAGAAGAAGUCGUUGAAAAAAACAUAAUGGAUAAGACGGAAGAAGAGUUGCUUGAUGUUCCAAUGAAAAAAGAACAAGAACAAUUCUAUACUACAGAGGAUAGCAAUCGAGCCAUUCGUAAUUUAGUAAUGUUCUCUUCUGCCAUGUUCGUCUUGCCACUGUUAAUCAUGUUUUCAUCGUAUUAUUAUGUGUUCAUUGACCAUUUCCACUUACCAUCUGAUCAAGCUAUGCUUUACUCUGCCUUCUGUGGCGUUGCUGUUGUUUUCGUAAUUGUUGGACUGUUCAUUUAUGUUGCUUAUCAGGAAGAAAAAGAAGCAGAGCUCAAGCUCAAAGCCAGCAAGAAGGCGGAAUGA